CAGACUUGCUACGUUUCACGCGACAAUUAGAAACUUCCAAGCGGCCGCCUUUGGGAGGUUCAGAUUAUGAAUCAGCCAUUUUUGUCUCCGUUCAUGUAUUUAUGUAUGUAUGCAAUGUAUAUAUAAUUGUAUAUAAGCACAAAGGAUAAAGAAAACGGCCUGCAUCUAUAAAAUUUUUAAUCCCAAAAAUAGUUUUUCAUCGAAAUCUCGUAAAAUCUCGAUACCCUUAAAAUCUUUCUAUAAUCUGUACUUUUUCAAUCUUCUGAUAGUAACCCAUUUUGGUGAAGCUCUGUUUCCUUCUAGAAUUUUUAUUAUAUUUGUUUCUGGGUUGUGUUGUAUAUAUAAAAUGGCGAUCCCGGAGUUGCCGGAGAGUGUAGAAACGACGACGUUGAACACCUACCACAGCCGCGCCGAGAGUACUGUGCGGCGGAGAUCUAGUGCCGAGGCAGUACCGGAGUCAGAAUCCAACUCUUUUGAGUCGGUGAAUGACAGUGAAAGUGAUGUUAUUAACACCAAUGGGAUGGGAAAUCUGUGUGGAGGAGUGGUGGAAUCGGUGCGGCAAGAGCCGACUGAAUCGGGUACUGAAGUGUUUUGUAAUGGCAAGGAGGAGAAGGAACAUGUUCGUUCUGGAGAUAGUAACCAUGAAAUGGAAGAGGCGUCGGCGGCCGUGAAAUUCGCGUACCGGCCAUCGGCGCCUGCUCACCGGAGAAUCAAAGAGAGCCCUCUCAGCUCGGACGCAAUCUUUAAACAGAGCCAUGCAGGCCUCUUCAACCUCUGUAUAGUGGUGCUUGUUGCUGUAAAUAGCAGACUUAUUAUUGAAAAUUUGAUGAAGUAUGGCUGGCUGAUCAAUUCAGGCUUUUGGUUUAGUUCAACAUCACUGAAGGAUUGGCCACUUCUAAUGUGCUGCCUGAGUCUCCCAAUUUUCCCGCUUGCUGCAUUUUUUGUUGAGAAGUUGGUGCUACAAAAGUAUAUAUCUGAAUCUGUUGCUGUCUUUCUUCACAUUAUAAUAACAACAGCUGCUAUCUUGUAUCCAGUUUUGGUUAUUCUUAGGUUUGACUCCGCUGUUCUGUCGGGUGUCACAUUAAUGCUCUUUGCUUGCAUUGUGUGGUUGAAGUUGGUGUCUUAUGCUCAUGCAAGUUACGAUGUGAGAGCACUAGCCAAAUCACUUGAUAAGGAUGAAGCAUUGUCUAGUUAUUGGAACAUGGAUGACACUCUCAGUGUUAGCUUUAAGAGUUUGAUAUACUUCAUGGUUGCUCCUACAUUGUGUUACCAGCCAAGCUAUCCGCGUACAGCUUGCAUUCGGAAGGGUUGGGUGGUACGUCAAUUCAUUAUGUUGGUAAUAUUUACAGGAUUCAUGGGAUUUAUUGUAGAACAGUACAUAAACCCAAUUGUGCGAAAUUCUCAGCAUCCUUUGAAAGGAAACCUUUUGUAUGCCAUGGAAAGAGUCUUGAAGCUUUCAGUUCCAAAUUUAUAUGUGUGGCUCUGCAUGUUUUAUUGUCUUUUCCAUCUUUGGCUGAAUAUACUUGCAGAACUUCUCCAGUUUGGUGAUCGUGAGUUCUACAAAGAUUGGUGGAAUGCGAAAACUGUUGAAGAGUAUUGGAGGAUGUGGAAUAUGCCUGUACACAAGUGGAUGGUCCGACAUAUAUAUUUUCCAUGCUUACGGAAUGGAAUACCGAGGGGAAGUGCUAUUUUGAUUGUAUUCCUUGUUUCUGCUAUGUUUCAUGAGUUGUGCAUUGCCGUCCCUUGCCACAUAUUCAAGUUUUGGGCAUUCAUUGGCAUUAUGUUUCAGGUUCCUCUUGUUAUCAUAACAAAUUACUUGCAAGAUAAGUUCAAAAAUUCGAUGGUGGGCAACAUGAUAUUUUGGUGCUUUUUCAGCAUACUAGGUCAACCCAUGUGUGUACUGCUAUAUUAUCAUGACUUGAUGAAUCGAAAGGCUAGUGCAAAAUAAUGGCCCUGCACCAAUUUUGCUAAGAGCGAGAGUCCCUCGAUGUUGCCGCUGAUGGAUUAUGCUCUUACUAUUUUCGAUAUGUUCCUAUAUUGGCUUUCGUGCAGCUUCGCCAUUCGCCCUGGCCAAUACGAGAUAACUUAGCGCAAUCAAUUUUGAUUCAAAAUGUAACAUAUUAGCAUUGGUUAGUUAUUUCGACUAUGUAAAUUUUUACUACAAGGAGUGAUGUAUUUAUUAACUUUUCUA